AGGCAGAAAGCACCAGUAGACCACCAGGGACAGACUGAAAAUGGAGACGUCGAAGGUUGUAACUUCUUUGUCUCCACCUUGUAGUGACACAGCUCAGCUUGAGGCAGACCCCCACAGAGAAAUAAUUUCACAUUUAAGGCAAACUGGAUCACAGGCAGGAAACACAGAAAACCUGACAAAUAAUCAACAAACCUGCACACAGGACAUCAACGCUGUGCUGAGAGAGAUGAGCGCAUCGUUGGCCGGACUGAAGGUUGAUAUGGAGUACGUAAAGAAAGAUAAUGAAGCUAAGGCACUACAACUUCAGUUCCAGAAGGAGGAGCUGGAGAAGCUGAAACAACAGCAACAAGGUAUGGAAAGAGAGUUGGAGGUCCAGAAGAAAAGACUGGACAAGCUAAAACAACAGCACCAAGCUCAGGCAGAGGAACUAAUCAGUGUUAAAGUCAAGGCAAACAACACAGGAAACGAAGUGGAGAUUCUGAGGAAAGAAGGAGAAGUGAAUCGAGUGGCUUUCUCAGCCUCCUUGUUGGACUCAGGUAGUGAAGACAUUGGACCAUUUAACGCACAGACGAAUCUGGUCUUCAAGCGUGUCAUUGCAAACAUUGGAAAUGCCUACAACCCAAAUACAGGGUUUUUUAUUGCACCAGUGAGAGGAGUCUACCACUUUGAGAUCUUUAUCUGUGGACAUGGACAUGCUUCACAUGGUUCAGGUGCUGCGUUGUUCAAAAAUGGAGAACAUAUCAUUACUGCAUAUGAACAUCAGGCUUCUCACUAUGUUAAUGGUGGUAACAGUGCCACCUUGCUGUUAGAGGUAGGAGACGUUGUGUUUUUGCGUCAUUGGCAAAACACAAGGAUUCAUGACAACCAAAAUCAUCACACAACCUUCAGUGGUCAUCUGCUUUUCCCCAUGUGAGGAUCAAGGAGUCCAGAUUUUCUUCAAGAAGAAAAUGUUGCAUCAUCGUGACAUCAUGUCUGAACUGGAUGCAUACUUUAAGCUACACUCUAAAAAGUGUUCUUGGCUGCUUGUCAUGAAGUGGUGAAGGAGGUGAGUAAGAAUGCAGGCAGGACCCAGGAUGUAGUGAGGAUGAUGUCUUUAAUAAUCAAAUGCAGCUCUAACAGUCCAGGAACAUGCAGCACGGCUAAGUAGUAAUAAUGUGCUCAUAUAAACUUACAUGAUCUUAUUUAAUUAGCUGAACCGUAAAUUGUAGAAUAAAAUAAAAGUAGGACUUUUCACUAGAAAUUACCUUGACAAAUGAGGGUUUUGUUGGUGUAGGCCCAAGAGUAAAUCAGGUGUCCAGAGGAUGACAGUAUAUGAAUGAUGUUUGUGACAAUCAGAGUCAUUUUUCUGAACUUUAGGAAGCUCUGAAGGGGGGUUAUGUAGUGUCUCAAAACAGGUUAAAUCUUUAUGUCUCAGUAACAUAAGAUUACUGAGACAUCUUAUAGGUCUCAGCUUCAUUGCAUGAAGCUUGGACCUUCAUAGUAUGAAGCUGAGACCUUCAUGCUUUGAGCGAUGUAGUGUCUGAAUGCACAAAAGACAUUCAGGUCAAAUAAGAAGUUAAUUUCUUAUUUGGCACGAAGAGACAAAACAAGACGUCAAUGUGGAACAUGUGAAUGCCACCAUAUAUUUACAUCGGAAAAUAUGUGUAAAAACCUGACAAUGUUUCUCUUUGUUCUUUUGUUUGUGUGAUCAAUCAUUAACAGCUUUACUUUCUCAGCACUGCUAAUAAACAUGGAUCUAUCUCUGUA